CGUAGCGUGACGCGCCAGGAGGCGGAAGUAAACAUGGCUGAAGGCGGCGGUACGAACGUAUUGGACGAAAACGUGCCGGUUUAUGAACACGUCGAAGUGAACUCCAAGCCAUUUCACCUCGGUAGCUUUAGAGAUUUAUGGCUCAGCGUGCUGAAACCGGAAGAUUACUCUUUUAGCCAGACUUCCGGUGAAAUAGAAGAAGCGCAGUUUAUAGAGGAGAUGGGAAUCACACCGGAAACGCUGGAGGAGCUUAAAACCAUCUGCAGCCCUGAUUCUCUUCGCUGUCACGCUGAAGAUGAAGCUCCUGAUCCUGACGUGGUUCCUGCAGACCCUCAGCUCGCCACGUUAAAACUGAGGAAGAGGAGACUGGACUAUAAGAAGACUCUCAUACGGGACAACGUGGGACGACACGACGCGUACGCUAAUGAGAUGGAAAUGCUCUCUCUGGGCAGAAGAGCUGAAGACGCCUCAGACACCGUUCCCGAGGGAGAACUCGUCCUCACCUUCAACGUCAUCUACCCCGUCCUGUUUGAGCGAUUUAAACACGUGAGGGCGUAUCAGACGCUGCAUGUUCUGGGCUCGCAGAAGCUCACCGAGCUCAGAGACGCCAUCUGCUGUGUGAGCGACCUGCAAGUGUUCGGAGAGUUCAGUAACACACCUGACAUGGUGCCUCAGUUCAUCAGCAAGGAUCACUACAAAUCCGCGUUCUUCUUCUUCGAGGGAAUUUUCUACAACGACAUGCGCUUCCCCGAGUGUCGCGAUAUCAGCGCGGUGACGCGUGAGUGGACCAAAAGCAGAGACUUCCCCGAGUUUAAAACGGCUAAGAUGGAGGAGGCGACGUUCAGUGAGCUGAGGGUGAAGGUGGGAUUUCCGUACCUGUACUGCCAUCAGGGAGACUGUGAACACGUCCUCAUCCUCACAGACGUCAGGCUGAUCCAUAAGGACGACUGCUUAGACAGGAAGUUGUAUCCACUGCUGUCACACAAGCACAGGGUCGUGACCCGGAAGUGCUGCGUGUGUCACCUGUACAUCAGCAGAUGGAUAACGACGAACGACGCUCUUGCUCCGAUGGAUCCGUGUCUGUACUGUGAUCAGUGUUUCCGUCUGCUGCAUUACGACCAACAUGGCAACAAGCUGGGCGACUUCCAGGCGUACGCUUACGUCGACCCCGGAGCGUUCAACUGAGCGCGCUCCACACUCCACACUCCAAAUCUGCUGCUUUCUCUUCUUACCUUGUAUUUUUUUUGUAUAAACAUUUGUACGUUUAUUUUCCUCGGUGUUUACUUGUAGCCAGGAAUCUUUUUGUUUUUGACAAAAUGAUCAUUUGUUGAUGUUCAACAUUUCGAGAGUUAUUUGAAUUUAAAAGCUAAAGCAGUGCUGUAAAUAACAUGUUCCUGUUCACGUCUCUAAAAUAAAGUUUGGUUGUGUAUCGCGA